AUGACUUCUAUUUAAUAACAUUCUAAAGUAGAAAGAAUAUAGGAAUAAUAAAAGAAUAAUAGUUCGACAUCAUCAAGAGACUCAGACUCUUCAGACUCCUCUUACGAUUUUAUAAGGGAUUUGAACUAAAAGUCCUCUUUAAAGAGAAGUCCUGAGGAAGUAUAGGAACUUCUGUGUAGAUAUUAAGGUAUAGUUUAUAAAUAAUUUAAAAAAGGUAAACAUGGAUUAAAGUACUAGAAAAUAUCGAAUGAACAGCGAUAAAAACUAAUUAAACAAGUAANGAAUAAAAUAAAACCAUGGAUUAUUUAAAGGUCUUUAGUAAAAACUAACUUGAUCUGCAAUUAGAUCUUUGUGUAGUUUAAAAACUAUUUCAAAGUGAACAUAUGA